AUGGUCUCAUCCGACUGCUUCAAAUUGGUCGUUGUCUUCUUGUGCUGUUCAUCACUCACAAAUGGACAUGUGGGGAGAGAUCACUCGCCCAGGAUUCUGCCUGCUGAAAAUCCACACCUUCUUCAUAAGAACGAUUCAUUAACCCUCAUAUGCAAGGGUCAUGGCCUGCUGCAGUGGACACUUGCUGAUCCCAGUCGAUCGAUCGAUUCAGACGAGGUGAAGGUGGAGCCGUGUGAAUCCAGACGUCACUCACAAUCACACUGCAGCAGACUGACGGUCACAAACCUGAGAGCCAAUGACACUGGAAAGUACAGCUGUAACUGCUCCAGAAAUGGCUCACAGCACAUGGCCUCGACCUACGUCUUUGUCAAAGAUCCCAAGCAACCAUUUGUGGAGCCCCAUCUUAAAUCACCUGGCAUCUUGUUCACGUACGAGUAUUAUACCAGCCUCGUGGUCCCCUGCCGGACAACCUCUCCUGAUUUUGCUGUAACACUCACAUCGCUUCGACCUUUUUCAGAGAAGGACAUGAAGAAAAUAGAAUGGGAUCCGAAGGUUGGAUUCAAGAUGCCCUAUGAUUCCAGCACUGAGUAUAGUAUCAUCACCUGUAACACCGUUGUCAACGGUAGUGCAUUCCUGUCAAUGUACAUCCCGAGAAAACUGGCUCAUCGUCUUGAAAAUGUGAAAAUCACCCCAGAGCGUGCCAAAGUGUUGGUUGGAGACACCCUCAUACUCAACUGUUCUGGUGUGACCUCCUAUAAUGGAAGAAUCAACUUCACAUGGGAUUUUCCAAAGAAGAGAGAAAAUCGUCAUUAUACGAACAAGGCCGAAGUCCACCCUGCUAAGGAUUUAUGGAUGAGCAAGACUUUGAUUUUGCCAAACAUUACUAUGGAGGAUAAAGGGGUGUACCGCUGCAGAGCUGAACUUGAGCCCACAAACUACGAAGAUGUCUCAAAAAGAGUCUUUGUCUAUCAUCCGUUCCUCAAUGUCUCCUAUAAGCUUGAGCGACUUAGUACAGUGACUGUCAAAGAAGGCAGAAAGAAGCUUGUGUUUGAGCCUAAGGUCGACGCGCUGCCAUCACCAGACUCGGUAGAAUGGUAUAAGGAUGGGGUCCUUAUCAACAAGAGUUCCACCUGUUACAAGAUAUCUCAUUAUAACUUGAUCAUCACUGAUGUGCAGCAGAAGCACGCUGGGGUCUUCACCAUAAGCCUGGGCAACCAAGAGAGGGGCUUGUACAAGAAUCUGAGCUACACGCUGGCAGUCGAUGUGAAGCCGACUAUUUCAGAGGCAGAGCUCGCUAUUGUGGACGUGCAGCCCUACAUGGCUGGUAAACAGCAUCAGCUAACCUGCACUGCUUACGGGGUGCCCUCGCCAAACAUCACCUGGCUCUGGCAGCCGUGUCACUCAGACCCUACACUUACAAAUUGCAUUGCUCACACCAAACCAAUCCUGGUCAGCACUGGUGACAGGGGAAAUUACUCCCACAACUGGAUUAAGAGCAUAAACGUCAAGCCUGAACUGGUUAAAGGGAAAAACAAGACUGUGAGCACACUGGUGAUCGGAGAGGCCAGCAUGUCAGGAAACUACUCCUGUGUGGCCCAGAAUGAAGAUGGCACCAGCACACUGACAAUCCCUUUCUACGUUGAUGAUCGCCCUGAAGAAAUGACCAUUGAACCCCCGUCAGCCAUCGAGGGGGAUGACGUCACUCUGACCUGCCGGGCAGCUCGCUACCUCUACACUGAUCUGCUGUGGCUGGAUUCCAGGAAUCAAACAAUCACUUCCAACGUCUCGAACCUCCAAAUCAGCCGCUACUCCAUUUCUCUUUCUCUCCAUCUGCACAAUGUGUCCCGAAACAGCACUGCAGGUUACAAGUGCCAAGCACACAAACUCCACAAGAGAGUUGAACUCAAGGCCGCUGCAGUUAUUGUGGACGUGAGAAAACGCCCCUGGCUGCGUCAGAAUCUGACUAAUCAAGAUGUGAACAGUAGCAGCACCCUGACGCUGGCUUGCUUUGCUCUGGGAGUUCCUCGUCCAUACAUCAUGUGGUACAAAAAUGGCAUACCAGUGGAAGAAGGCCCAGGUAUCACUUUGGAAGAGGACGGCGUUCUGAUGAUCGAGAGGGUGAAGAAAGAUGACGAGGGCCUGUAUGAGUGUGUAGCCAGUAACGUCGAGGGUACUGUGAAAACAAGUGCUGUUGUUACUGUGCUCGGGGAUGAAGGGAAGCCAAAUGUUGAGGUAAUCAUUCUGGUGUGUACGGGAGCUGCAGCCACGUUCCUCUGGCUCAUGCUUAUCCUCUUCAUCCGCAAGCUAAGAAAGCAACCAGCACACUAUAAGAUGGGUCCGUCGAUCAUCAUUGACCCUGAUGAGUGUCCCCUGGAGGAGCAGAAUGAUCUUCUUCAGUACGACAGCAACAAAUGGGAGUUUCCCCGUGACCGCCUGCGACUAGGCAAAACUCUUGGCCACGGAGCUUUUGGAAAAGUGGUGGAGGCUUCUGCCUUUGGGAUCGACAAGCUCUCAACCUGCAAGACUGUUGCCGUCAAAAUGUUAAAAGGAGGCGCUACAUCAAAUGAGCGUAAAGCUCUGAUGUCAGAGUUAAAGAUCCUGAUCCACAUCGGCCAUCACCUGAACGUUGUCAACCUGCUGGGAGCCUGCACAAAGCCUGGAGGCCCAUUGAUGAUGAUAGUGGAAUUCUGCAAAUACGGCAACUUGUCCAACUAUUUGAGAGGCAAGAGAGAUGACUUUCUCGUCUACAAGAGCCAGGACGGUAAGGUGGUGUCAUCAGGAUCGCGCUGCGAGCUGAGCGAGCUGAUGAAGCGCCGCCUGGAGAGCGUGGCUAGCACCGGAAGCUCGGCCAGCUCUGGCUUCAUCGAAGAUAAGAGCUACUGCGACUCAGAGGAAGAGGAAGAAGAAUCUGAGGAUUUAUAUAAGAGGGUCCUGACGUUGGAAGAUUUAAUUUGCUACAGUUUCCAAGUCGCAAAAGGCAUGGAGUUCUUGGCUUCACGCAAGUGCAUCCACCGUGACUUGGCUGCACGGAACAUCCUGCUUUCUGAGAAUAACGUGGUGAAGAUCUGUGAUUUCGGACUUGCCAGAGACAUCUACAAAGACCCGGAUUAUGUGCGCAAAGGAGAUGCCAGACUGCCACUGAAGUGGAUGGCACCUGAGGCCAUUUUUGACAAGAUCUACACGACUCAGAGUGAUGUUUGGUCCUUUGGUGUUCUCAUGUGGGAGAUCUUCUCUCUGGGUGCCUCCCCGUAUCCUGGCGUCCAAAUUGACGAAGAAUUUUGCUGCAGGCUUAAAGAGGGGACCAGGAUGAGAGCACCAGAAUACUCUUCCUCUGAAAUAUAUCAGACCAUGUUGGACUGCUGGCAGGGAGAGCCACAGGAGCGUCCGACCUUCACUGAGCUGGUGGAAAGGCUGGGUGAUAUGCUUCAGGCCAGUGUGCAACAGGAGGGGAAGCACUACAUACCUAUCAACACAGCCCUGCUGGCAAAGGUGGGAGACCAGUCGACCACAGUGCCCUCAGAGGAGACGCCCACACGACCUGUCUCCCACCGUGACUCAGGGAGCACCUGGAACAUCAAGAUCCGUCCUGCUAGUGUGAAAACCUUCGAUGAGGUGACCAUGGAGGACGGGACUAAUGAGAACCAUGAGGGCAGUCACUCAGACAGUGGGAUGGGCUUGUCGUCUGACAACAUGGAGACUCUGAAGCGCCUCGAAUCAUUGGCAGGCCGACCUCUGAGCAUCAUGGCUCUAGCGAUGAAGGCAGUGAGCAAGAGUAAAGAGUCUGUGCUGACUGACACAGAGAAGGAGAAGUAUCCUCCCACAGUCCCCCCUCUGGACUUCAGUCUGGACGACUCUGCCCUGGACGACAGUCUGGAGUGUCACAGCCCGCCGCCUGACUACAACUAUGUGGUGCGCUACUCCACCCCACCUGUGUAACCUUCUGCUCCGGCCCUGGAGAAAGGGACUGACAGCCUCAAGGCCUUUGCUUUGUUCUCCACUGUUUUGACUCUUAUCUCUGGACUGUAGCAACGUUUGAGAGGAACACACAUGAGAUUCCCUCUUAACGUUUUUAGAAAAGACGCUCUGAAACAAAUCAUGAAUCUGCUCGACUGAAGCUUCCAACUUCCAGGUGUCUGCUGAGCAACAAAAGGAAUCCUGCCGACUGUUGAUUCCUUUCCAGCUUUCAGACGCAGGCUGACGUUAAUGCUGCUGGUCCGUUCCACAUUCACUGUGAUGUCAAACAGCUGGAAACAGGCUCAGGUAUUUCUUUCAUCUACUGUGAAAACUAGACGUAAUGAUUCCCACUUUACCACAAAUCGGAUUCAACUACAACCUUUGAUUAUAUUGAAUAGAGCCCAGAGAGAAAAAGAAAAGAAAAUUAAAGCUUUUCAAGGUUUUAUUGAGACUUUUUUUAUACAUUUAACUUUAUUAAAAAAGUGAAAACUGGAAUGUAAUUUGUGAAAAACUUAAAGGUAUGCUAUGCAGGAAUUGUCGGUUACUGUUUUAUAAACACAACAUUAACACUUGACCCUCCUCCCUCCUCUACACUGCUCGCACAUACACUGCAAGCUACUGUUGCAGGACCUGUAACAUGCUAACUAAGCUAACUGCUGGCAUCUACAGUACAUGUCCAACAGAAAACAGGUCAACUCCCCGUAGCUCUUCAUCCCCAUCCUCUCCUUCAGUGCUCGCAAGUGAACGUAAAAGCCAGCCCUAAUUUUACUCUCAUUUUGAGACUAUUUCACUUGGCGUUUUGCCUCGCUGUUAUUGCUGUUUAUUUGGCCCUGUGUUCAUGAUUAUCAUAGCUUCAUCUUGGAUUUGUGCUGCUUACAGAAGUCCUGACCUCACCUAUGCGCUAUGCCUAGGAAUAUCCCAAACACAGCAAAAUAAGAAUAAAGGCCAUCUUGUGAUGGGAUCAGUGGCCCCUUCCCUACUUCCAGCCCUUUUGCUCUGAGCUCACCCAUCUUCAAACUCAGCCUUCUUUUUGAUCUUGGCUACACACCUGUAAAGUUUCAUGACUGCAACCUGAACAGUUGUGACAAAAUCUGUCUGCAGACGUACAGAUAAACACCUGCCAAAAUACUUAAAAUGGCUUCUGUGCUAGUUCCAGCUGUGACAGUUACCACCAGUACUACAUUUUGCCAUUAUCUCACACACACACACACACACACAGAGGCAGGAGGUGAAAACAAUGCCAGCUGUCGUGAUGUUAUUAAGGCUGAUAAAAAUACAGGCAGAGGGCAGAGUCUCUGCAAAAAAAUACACUGCCACACACUUCUAGAGGGUCAUAAGUGAUGACACAGGGGGAUCCUGCAUAGUAUACCUUGAAAAGAAGAUGUUUUUGUAAAGUAACCACAAGUAAAGUUUGUUCAAAGCAAAAGGCAGAUGGACAACAACAUCACAUUUAUUAUUAAUCAUGAAAAAAGUCUCUUAUUCGAGUUGUUAUUGCUCCUUUAAAUCCAUAAAAAUAUCAGCUCAACUAACUCAGGUUGACCCAGAGUGACUCUGUCAGGCAGAGGUGGAUGUUUUUUUAAGCUCUUCAGUUUAUGGAAAAUCACAGGUUAAUGGAGGUUAAUGGAGGAAACAGGGUAGAGUUGAGAGUGAGACCAGACGGGUCAGAUUUAAUGUUACAGCAUUUAAAUGAAGAGUUACUGGAAAAGCAGAUUCCUCCUCCUGUGAUGGUUUUGUUUGGUCAAACUAAAAGGAAAGUGUGAAGAGAGUCUUAUUUUGUUUUGUUUUUUAAUGUACAAAUUGAGUUAGAAGUAGACUUUUAUAGGAAGAUAGGAGCAGAAGAAGCCCUAGUAUAAAGUAUUUAUUUAGACUGUAAACACUGUCACGUAGUAACCAGUUCUGUUUGUUGAUGUAGAUUCAGAAUUAAAGAUUAACCAAAGGAUUUCCAGCUCAGUCUUCCUCAUGUCAACAUGUAACAUCCCAACACUUCACUCCAGACGUAUAUGCUGUUUGUGCUGCUGUAUUCACUCAUAGUAAAGCUGAGGGAAACAUGUAUGUGGAUGUUCUCCUCCGUCCUUUGUCUUGUGCUACGUGUUAGUAAAGCUUGCAGGGCAGGCUACAGAAACUCACUGUUGUUAUUUCUAACCAUGUAAAAUCUCCUUGUGUGUAAUACCAGAUGUAGUGAAAGUACUGUGGGCCACACUUAGUGUACACACACACCCCUGUAGAAACGCAGCUAGCUUGUGCUUGUCAGUGAGUAAACUGCAGUAUAAAGUGGAUAUUGUGUAUUCCCAGAUGAUGGUUGAUUGUGACCAAGUUGUUGUGUUCAUGUGGAGAGGAAGUGAUUAUGCACUGAUACUUUAUAUCACGUAUAUUGUUUGUAUUCUAAAGGUAUAUUAUUAUGAAACAGUGUUGAGGGUCACAUGUUAAAAGAUUUCUGAUUUAUUUUUAUUUAACUCUAGUACAUACUGUAGUAGGAAAUUAACAAUGGCAGUAUUUGUUGUAGUGUUUCUCACCAGCUUAACAUCAUCUGUGUCAUGUAGGUUUGUUCACAUCUUGUAAUUCUGUCUUAUAUUUCAUUUUUAUCACUGCUAUCACAGUAACAUUCAGUGGAUCUAAUUGCAUUUCUUCACACAUAACCUUGAGUAAUAAGACCUCCUCGCUUUUUCUGUUUUGUUCAUGUAUUGUAACAAGUUAGUUUUGAUGAAAGUAAUGUUCCCCAACACUGUUAACUGAGCAUAUGAAGAAAAUAAAUGAAUAAAGAUCUAUAUAUUUAUACUUUA